AUGACCCUUUUGUUCGAGCAAACAAACGGAUAUCCGGCCGCAGGCUUGAGCGCCAGUUAUGAGGGUAUUUGCGAAUUUGCGUGUAACUACGGAUAUUGUCCUGCAACUACUUGUGGAACCACCAAAGAACCAGAGUCUAUUCCGACUAUUUCUCCAUUUCUACCUGAAGCGUGCACAGGAGGUUCAGGCUCAGGAAAUUUGGGUGGACUGUGUGGCUUUGCCUGUGGAUAUGGUUUCUGCCCAAUCAUAGCUUGCUCUUGUGACUCUAAAGGUGCGCUGGGUACUUUGCCUGCCUAUACCGGCGACGAUUCCGGGGUUCCCGUGGCUGGUCUGGAUGAAGCAGUUUAUAGCGAUCUAUGCAAAUUCGUGUACCAGUAUGGCUACGACCCGCCUCCUACAGAUGUAUGCAUCACUUCCACGUCUUCUUCUGGCGGUAGCACAACGGCCUGUGUUGGCGGUACAGGUCCAGAUAAUGUCAUCGGCUUGUGUGAUUUCAGCUGUGCACUUGACUUCUGUCCUCCUCCAUGUACCUGUCUUGCUUGGGAUACUCAAGCGCCUUUGCCUUCCACUGUCUCAGGAACAGGCUACCAUAUAGCUGGCGAGGACGAUUCUUAUGACGUGCUAUGCGACUUUGCAUGUACACAUAACUAUUGCCCUCCAACGGCUUGUUCACUUAGCCCCCCUGCAGGUGACGGAGGUGUCAUCUAUCUGCCGCCAUCUGUCUGGGACCCUUCCUCUGACCCAUUUGGCUGCAACGGGAACAGUAUAUGCACAUUGAUCAUUCCACCUUCCUCUCUCCCAGUCCCCGAAACAAUCAAUUGGCCAGCACUCACAACCACGCUGCUGGCAUCUUCUGCUGGGUCAGUUUAUACCAAGACAACGGUGCUCAGCGUUAAACCGUUCACCAUUACGGAAAUCAAUUUCUGGUCAGUCACAAUCACAUCUGGUGAUGCAAACUAUGCUGCUUUCAUUCCGAAACAAAGUGUGAAGCCUCCUGCGUUCAUCUUGAACCUGCCUGGGAGUGAAUUGACGUUUCCGCCAUCGGCAUAUCCCUCAUACUCGAAUUCUCAGCCCUUACCCACAACCACAUCAGCAACACCAAUUCCCACUUUCUUUUCUACUUCUCACGGUGUCACUAUUCAACCCAUGCCUACCAUCAGUAUUUUAACCCCCACACCCAGGGGUACGACAACAACAAAAUCAGUCUUGACGUAUUCGAGCUCAUCGUCUGCCUCACAAUCUACCUGUACCACUGGUUGUGGAAGCAGCGAGUGUUGGCUUUUCGGCUGCGGUGGAGGUUGUGGACUCUUUGCCUGUGGUGGCGGCUGUGGUAUAUUUGGCUGUGGAGGUGGUUGCGGACUUCUUGGAUGCGGCGGAACGGAAGUAACGCAAGAGAUAUUUCUGACUGCCCUCAAUGUAGCCCUCCGACACUAUGAAGCUUAUGGGGGCUCUGAUGAGGCAGGAAUAGCGAUCAUCAAUCUCUCUCUGAGUUUCAGGGAGUCACAGGUCACGGCUGGUUGGAUCAUAGAGUGCCGCAAGAUGUUGCAGAGGUUUGUGGCGUUGGGCACGCUGCCUGUUGUGUCCUCUGGUAAUGACGGAUUGAACUCGGUCAAGAAAUAUCCCGCCAUGUUCGCUGCUAGCGACAUCCCUGAGAUUCUCGUUGUAGGGGCGGUAGAUGGAUUCGGAAAAAGGAAUGAGUAUUCUAACAUGGACACCUUUGUAGCCGUACAUGCUGGGGGCGAAAAUAUUUGCUCAAACGGACUAGGUGGCUAUGAAUUUCAGUCAGGCACAUCUUUCGCAACUCCCUUGGUAUCAGGCCUUGCAGCCUACUUUUUAGGUCUAUCUUCUCUCAGGAAGAAAUUUCUAGCUGAGUCAACGCCAGCGUUACAAGUAGCAGCACUGAAAGCUUACAUUGAAGAUUUGGCAUGGCCGAGAGAUUCAUCUGAGCCUGACAUCAGAACAGUCUACAACAAUGUUCCAUGGUCAGAAGACGAUCCAACCUGUCCCACCAAUGCAAAACGUCAGGACGGCACCGACACAUGUGCAGCCCCAACAACUAGCACAUCAGCGACAUCUAGCACCACCACCGCCUCAUCCCCCGCAGCCCCAACAACCAGCACUUUCAACGUUUACGAAUGGGAGUGUAGCGGAAAGCAGCAAAUCACCAAACUGGGCGCCGCCGCAGCAUCCGCACUCACGUACUGCGCGAGUCAAAGCUCAUUUUUCAGUAAUGAAGGUGGAGUUAUUACUUCAGGCGAUACUUUUACUGUUUGCGGUUCCGAGUAUACGGCGGUUGGUAAUACGGGUACAGGUUUUGUUAUCAGUGGAGAUGGGCAAACGGGGACGUGCUCGAUCUUUCGCCUUCCGAAUGCGAAUGGACAGAGUUGUUUGGGACAAUCGGGGGAUAUUAGUUCACUAGCUUGUCAGGUUACGGUGGCAUAUAAGUGUGAUAUUGCCGCGUGUUGA